AUGGCGGUGCGGCAGCAGCUGCGACAGCUGUUCCAGGACCCGCAGCCCAUCGGGGCCAUCGUGCUGGAGCGGGCGCCCCCCCCGGCCGCUGCCGCUUGGGCCUCGCCGCCGCCAUCCUCGCCGCCGCCAUCCCCGCCCCCGCCGCCGCCGCCGCCGUCGCCGCCCCUGUUGCCCCUGCCGCCGUCGCCUUCCUUGCCGCCGGCCGCGGUGCCGGCAUCGCCGCCGCGGCGGCAGGGUCCGCUGCCGGAGGAGUGCGCCGUGUUCCACUGCCGUGGCUGCUGGACGGUGCUGGGGGACUCGCUGCAGCUGUGUGGGCAGGAGCCGCCGGGGCUUCGCGUCCUCAUCUGCUUCAAAGUCACCAGCGAUGUGACCUGGGAGGACUCGUUGCUGGUCGGCCUGGAGGGAGCCCUCCUGGGAAGUGCUUAUUAUUUAUUAUUCUGUCGGUCCUGUGGCUUGGCCGUGGGCUUCAUUCUUUAUUCUUCUGGCAGUGAGCUGGCACAUCUUCGGGACUUGUUCUGUUUCUUCAAGGACAGCAUCAUGUGUUACUUCUUAAAAAAUCAAAUGAUUAUGGAAGCUUCUAAGGUGAAUUUUCCAGCAGUGACCUUAAAGAAACGCAUGCAGAAUAUGAAAGAAAAGCUUGUGGAGUUAAGUACUCGUGUAGAAUUAUUGACAAGGAAGCUGGAUAAAAUAAUUAUGCAACAAAAUAAUUAUGUAACAGAAUGGCAAAACUCUUCAACAGAUCCAGAUGACCUACUACCAGGAUAUGCAGGAGUUAAUACCAACUAAUACCCAUUUUCAAGAACUGCUGGAGUUGUUUCUCCAUCUCUGCUGAGUUUGGUCAUUACAAAGAAAUAAUGCACCAGACCAGGUCUGAGUAUUGAUCUGUCACUUCAUCUGUGUGUGGAAAGAACUGAUGAUGAAGUGCAUCCCUUCAGGAAUACCUGAGAGUCUGACAUACUAAAGUUAUGCUUGGGAGACUGAAUAGCUCACCCAUGCAGCAUGUUACUCUCUGAGGCUGUGUAAAUCUGACUUUGGUUUUUCUAAGGACUUCAGGGGGAAAACCAGCCUUUGAAAUACUGAAGUCAGGUUUCUGGAGCUAUGCAAAACAUAUUUAACAAGGUGAUGCUAUUGAAGAGCCACCAUUACAAACUGAACAUUGUUAAAAAC